ACACACACACACACACACACACACACACAGAGAUCAUACGUGGUUUCAGAUUUACACUGUUCAUUAGACAGGGUUUUUUUUUUGGUAAUAAGUUAGUAAGUGCUGAUCGAGCUGGUUUCUGGUGAAUAUCUACUCCAAAAAACCAUGAAACUAAAUAUCACCUGAAACAUGGAUCGAGUGCUGAAGAAAUGUCACAUCAGAAAUCGCCUGGUUAGAGAAUGUUUUGCAGAGUUUCUUGGAGUCUACAUUUUAAUACUCUUUGGCUGUGGUUCAGUCGCGCAGGUCACAACUUCAAAAAACAGCAAAGGAGAAUAUUUAUCAAUCAAUCUUGCAUUUGCUCUGGGCACAACAUUCGGAAUCUAUGUUUCGAAAGGAAUAUCAGGAGCUCACCUGAACCCAGCCGUGUCUCUCAGCCUAUGUUUCCUAGGCAGGUUUCCCUGGACUCGGCUGCCAUUCUACAUUAUUUCACAGGUGUUCGGUGCCUUUCUGGCUGCAGCUACUGUUGCGUUGCAGUAUUUUGAUGCCAUAAUCUAUUACAGUGGUGACCAUCUAACAGUGAGUGGUCCCACUGGCACAGCAGGAAUAUUCUCCACUUACCCUGCAGAAUACCUGAGCGUUUGGGGAGGAGUGGUAGACCAGGUGAUCGGCACAGCGGCCCUGAUGGUCUGUGUGCUGGCUCUGGGUGACAAUCGUAACUUUCCUGCCCCCCCCGGGCUAGAACCUGUGCUAGUGGGAGCAGUGGUUAUGGUCAUCGGCCUCUCCAUGGGUUCAAACAGCGGAUAUGCCCUCAACCCGGCACGAGACCUCGGCCCUCGGAUCUUCACCUGUAUUGCCGGAUGGGGAACUGAGGUGUUCAGAGCCGGAGCUGGCUGGUGGUGGAUCCCUGUGGUGGCCACGUGUGUCGGCGGCCUUGUCGGCUCUUUGAUUUAUGAGCUGCUGAUUGCUGUUCAUCAUCCUGAACAGAAACUGACCAAAACAAACAAUAACCAGCACAACCUGGAACUGGAAGUGUCCCAAAAAGAGUCUGACAAACCUGAUCAGAUUAAAGUGAUUCCAGAGCAGACCAAGUGAGCUUCCCUUCAACCUGAUAUACCGGGAAAAGCUGCUAAUAAAUCUUUUACAUGAUUCCACACUGAUUAUUUUAUGAUGAUUCUAAUUGUCAUAAUAAACUUUUUUUUCUUCUAAACUUUUUCAGAUUUAUUCUAUUCUUUAAACAAUAAUGUGAUUUAAGGUUAUGAUUAACCAAAAAUAACAUCGAACAUUGUAAAGUUCAGUUACUCAGUGCUGGAUCAGAUCAGGGGUUUAUUUGUGAUGGAUUUGUUUGUGAUGGAUGUGUCUGGUUGCUCUGUACACUGAUCUCUCUAAUCAAGUCUACUAAUAACACAACACUUUUAAAUGUUUCCUUCUGACAGGACAGCAGCUCUGACUGCAAGGCAAAUCUCAGGUUUAUAAUAAUGCACUGACGUUAUUGUUUCUGUAAUAAAAGCUCAUUCACUCGGACAGCAGACGUCACGUAACAAAGAGAGCAUUCGUUGGCAUGAUGAAGCUUUCUGUAAGAUUUCUGAAAGGAAGACCUUUUAUUUGGCCAAAUAAAAGUCUUAAGAUUUUCAUAAUCUUUUACUGUAAAUGAAUGAAUAGAAUAUUUUAGAAAAUAAACAAAUAAAUAAUAAUUGCACCUCAAUUAUUUAGCCAAGAUACAUGUAAAUGUUUUCGGAAACAUUACCAAACCAAACCUUUCUGCUGGAUUUACAAAUGUUUCAGUAACAUUUAUGUUCAUACUGUGUGUGUGUGUGUUUGUGCGCUCGUGCACACUGAUCAUCCAUAACAACUAAGCAACAUGGAUUCUAAAGCCAGGAAUUUGCUGAGCUCCAGCACCUGAGGCAACCUGUAUUAGAACAAAUCCACAAAAUAACACAAACCAAUUCCAGCCAUGCAGCUUCUCAGGAGGUAGUGAUGUGGCAGAAACAAACCUCAACCUAAAACAAAAGAAAUUGCCAAAUAAUCCAGUCCUGUCCAACACUUACCUUUAGUAUGAUGGAAUUUUUUUUUACCUCAGGAAGUGAUCAGAAAACGUGUGUAAAAAAAUUUUUUUUGGACGUUUAAGAUUUUCUGUUCCAAAUUUACGUUUACAUUUUUGUCAUUUAGUAGACGCCCUUAUCCAUCCAGAGUGACUUAUAAUUUAUAAAACUGAGCAACUGAGGGUUAAGGGCCUUGCUCAGGGGCCCAACAGUGGCAGCUUGGUGGACCUGGGAUUUGAACUCAUGACCUUCAAUCAUUAGUCUAACACCUUAAUCUUAACUCAAAUGAUACCUGAGCAAAAAAAGAUUUUUCUUUACUGUUUUCCACACAGUAUGGGACA